UAGUCUGUUACACAACUGCUGUCUCCUUCAUUCUGCUAUCUGCAUUUCACCGGCUCCAGCUCUGUAGAUAUCUAAAGUUCUUCCCUCUCCUUUAAUUUAAAGUAAUUUUAAUCAAAUAGUUGGCAAGCAAGAAAUGAGUGGGGAUCAACUACAUAACGACUCUCAGAUCGAUUCUGGUUCUCGAGUUAAUGAUUCACACAAAGUGAAAGAGAAGCAUAAGGACAAAGAACACAAACAUAAAGAUCACAAGAAAGACAAGGAAAGAGAAAAAUCCAAGCACAGUAACAGUGAACACAGGGAUUUCUCAGAAAAAAAGCAUAAAGACAGAGAAAAAGAUAAAGCCAAACAUAAAGAUGGUAGUUCAGAAAAACUCAAGGACAAACAUCGGGACAAAGAGGGACAUCGGGAAAAGGAGAAACGUAAAGAGGAAAAGAUUAAGUCCUGUGGUGAUGUUAAGAUAAAGAAGGAAAAAGAAAAUGGUUUUCCAAGUCCUGUUCGAAUCAAAGCUGACCCAGAUACUGAUGGUUACUGCCUUUCUCCAAAACACGAGAAGUCAUUAAAGAGAGAGCGAGAAGAAGACGGUUUGGAGUUUAAGCCUAAAAAAAUCAAGACAGAGAAUGAAAAGAAACCAAAAAAGCUGAAACGUGAGCUGGAUGUGGAAGAGGUAGUUAAAUCAAAAAAGAAGAAAAUGAAGGGAGAACAAAAAGAAGGCAGAAAGAAAAUCAAAAAGGAAUCUGAAGAAAAAUGGAAAUGGUGGGAAGAAGAAAGGUACACUGAUGGUGUAAAAUGGAAAUUCCUCGAACACAAAGGACCAGUAUUUGCACCUCCUUAUGAGCCUCUUUCAAGUAAAGUUAAAUUCUACUAUGAUGGUAAACUUCUUAAACUAAGUCCAAAGGCAGAGGAAGUUGCUACAUUUUUUGCCAAAAUGUUGGACCAUGAAUACACUACCAAGGGCAUUUUUCGAAAAAACUUUUUCAAGGAUUGGCGGAAGGAAAUGACUAGUGAAGAAAAGGCUCUGAUUACAGACUUAAAUAAGUGCAAUUUUACCGAGAUGGCCGAAUACUUUAAAGCACAGUCUGAAGCAAGAAAACAGAUGACUAAGGAAGAAAAGCAGAAAAUUAAAGAAGAAAAUGAACGCACGCUGCAAGAAUAUGGAUUCUGUAUCAUGGACAAUCAUAAGGAGCGUAUUGCCAACUUUAGGAUUGAACCUCCUGGCCUUUUUAGAGGUAGAGGAGACCAUCCUAAAAUGGGAAUGCUCAAACGGCGAAUUCAACCAGAAGAUAUCAUCAUUAAUUGCAGCAAAGACUCUAAAGUUCCAGAACCCCCUGCUGGCCACAAGUGGAAAGAAGUUAGACAUGAUAACAAGGUGACCUGGCUGGUUUCUUGGACUGAAAAUAUCCAGGGGUCCAUCAAGUAUAUAAUGCUGAAUCCAAGCUCCAGGAUAAAGGGAGAAAAGGACUGGCAGAAGUAUGAAACGGCUCGCUCUUUAAAGAAAUGUGUUGAUAGAAUUCGUAAUCAAUACAAGGAAGAUUGGAAAUCCAAAGAAAUGAAGAUCAGGCAAAGAGCUGUGGCAUUGUACUUCAUUGACAAACUUGCUUUGAGAGCAGGUAAUGAGAAGGAAGAAGGGGAAACGGCAGACACUGUGGGCUGCUGUUCAUUGCGAGUGGAGCACAUAAAACUACACCCAGAGCUUGAUGGACAAGAAUUUGUAGUUGAAUUUGACUUCCUGGGAAAGGACUCCAUUCGCUAUUACAACAAAGUUCCUGUGGAAAAGAGGGUCUUCAAAAAUCUUCAAUUAUUUAUGGAAAACAAACAGCCUGAAGAUGACCUCUUUGACCGACUCACAACAUUAAUACUGAACAAGCACCUACAAGAACUGAUGGAUGGACUUACAGCCAAAGUGUUCCGUACCUAUAAUGCUUCCAUUACCUUGCAACAGCAAUUGAAGGAGCUCACAAACCCUGAAGAGAAUGUCCCUGCUAAGAUUCUGUCCUACAAUCGAGCAAACAGAGCUGUUGCUAUCCUUUGUAACCAUCAGAGGGCCCCACCGAAGACUUUUGAAAAAUCCAUGCAGAACCUUCAGGCAAAGAUUGAUGCCAAGAAGGACCAGCUUACAGAUGCAAGGAGAGAACUGAAAAGCGCCAAGGCUGAUGCCAAAGUACGGAAGGAUGAAAAGUCCAAAAAAGCUGUGGAAAGCAAGAAAAAAGCUGUACAGAGAAUUGAAGAGCAAUUAAUGAAACUUGAAGUGCAGGCAACAGAUAGGGAGGAGAACAAGCAGAUUGCAUUGGGCACAUCUAAACUUAACUACCUGGAUCCCCGCAUCUCAGUAGCAUGGUGUAAAAAGUGGGGUGUGCCUAUAGAGAAGAUCUACAACAAAACCCAGAGGGAGAAGUUUGCCUGGGCUAUUGAUAUGGCUGAUAAGGAUUAUGAAUUUUAAUAUGUACUGCAAUUUAACCUUUUAAAAAAAAAAAAAAAAAAAAUAAUAAUUAAAAAAAAAAUAAUAAUUUUGUAAAAUGAAACUGGUUCCAUCCAGCAGGGGAAACCUAGUGAGGGAAAAAGGGCAGGAGAGGGAAUAGUGAGUUUUGUGUGUUGGUUUUUUUUUUUUUUUUUUUCCUUUUCGUCUCCAAAGCAGGUUCUGUGCCUUUUGGUUUUCAAAUGUCUGUGGAAUGUUUGAAGCCUUUGGGACAAGGUAGCAAAUUGGUUACUUUAAAACUAUGAAAACCAGAGACCAGAUGUAUAGCACAUGAUACAUUGCUGCCUCUUCUUGGAGAACGUUCUUUGUUCCUUUUCUCUCUCACAUUCUCUCUCCUCCCCAUACCGGUAUAGGUAGGAGGCAAACUGACUCUGCUGAGCAAGCUUCAACCCCAUCAUUUUUAGGGGGUUGAAAUUUGAGUGAUGAAGUUGGUUGCUACUGUAUACAAAUGGAUUACUUGUGGUUUUAUUUCAAUAUUUAAUUUUUAUCUUUGGAUUUCUCAUUUCUAUAUUUUGAUAGAAAGAUGAAGAAUUCCUUAAUGAACAUGAACCUGCAAAAAAAUCCCUUCUCAAUGAACAAAAGCUUGUUUGUAACUGAUAGGUUUAUUUUCCUCCUUUCUCCACCCUGUGAAUCCUUCCUUUCAGCACUAAGGAUAAUUCUGAAAUAGGAUGAUGUGAAACCAAUUUUCAGAUUAGCGUGUUUUU